CUUCAGUCGUACACGCUGAACCCUGCUUUGCCCCUGCGAAGUAUCGUGCCAUUCAACGUCAAUAACGACAGCACCAAGUCGCUGGCUCACCAUGUCACUAGACAUGGCUACCAAGUACAUAUUCCACAAUGCCUACCUAGGUGCCGGGAUAUUAUUCAGCAAAGCUGAAGCAUCGUGACAUUGCGGGUACCUUUGAAGAACAGUUGUGUCAUGGAGUACAUCGACAAGUACAGCCACAAUGUCCACCUCCAGCACCAACCCAAUCUCCAUCUCCAAAGACCUCGCCUUCAUCCUCACCGUCAAAGUCUACAUCAACCCAACCCAGACAACCAAGUUCUUCGAACUCUUCAAACCCGCGUACGACCACGUCCUCGCCGAAUCGGAAUGCCGCUUCUUCAUCGUCAACACGACGCAAGAGCCCGGCUGCAUCUCCUGGGUCGAAGGCUGGUCCAAGGACGUACAGUGGUUCAUGGCCGAGCAGAUGACAAAGUCGUACUACCAACCCUACCUGACCGAGUCCGAGGCAAUGUUCAUCAAGCCUAGAGAAUUCGGAAUCCACACGCCGCAAGAGGGCAUGUGCCACUUCAAACUACCACUGUCUCAAACAGAUUAAAGCGCCAGAAGGACAUAGAUAGACAUGGCAUGUGUUCAGCAUUUUCCGUUCUUGAUUGAAUAAAACGACACUCAAGACCUGGGUAUACACAAACUAGCCACUAGCCUAGUGAGCCUUUAUCCGUCAUCAGAGCUUUAUUUUCCGGGCAUUUCCUAUGGUAGUCAUUGAUCAUCAAUG